AAAAAUCGAUGUGUUAGAUUUAUUUCAAACUUUGAGGUCAUAAUCUACGUUGAAUUUCAUGAGACCCUUAUUUUUUCUUUUUUUCCGAAAAUACGGUUCUGAAUCCCGUAGCACGGUAUCAAAAAUUAGGUCGUAAAAGCCAUAUUUAAAAAAAUUAAAAUUUACUUCAAUGUAUAUUCCAAUCAGCAUCAGCACAGUCAUCGACUAACUUUCGUAGCAUACGUUGGUGUUUGCGGUUGUGUUCUCUGUGUAUAUUCAUUCGCGGUUCAGUUAUAUCCCAACAACAAUCUUCAUACGUUUAAUUUUUUUAUUUGUCUUGUUUGCCAAGUGUACCACGUGCUUAAUUUGAUUCCAUUAAAUUUAGACCCAACAUGCCCCCUGGGGCGCAUAAUUUAGGGGACAAUAGGUUCACUGCCUUUGCGUCCUCCCCCAAACGUAAGAAGAAGCGUCCAACAAAAUUCAAUGAUUUUCCAGAUCUUCCGCAUCUUAACAAAACAAUAUCCAUCUCAAAAUAUAUUUCUUCCACUAAUCAUCAGAAACGCCUUUCUCAUUAUUCAUAUUUCGCAGUACAAAGAUCACUAAACGUAAUAAGGAAGAACAUAGAACAAAUUUCAGAGCUUAGAGACGGAAAUCUUCUUCUACUGGUCAAAGGCAAGCAUACUGCAGAAAAAUUUAUAGCUGCCAAGCAACUUCCAGGAAUAUGCGAUAUCACAUGUAAAUACCGCGACAACCUCAAUUUUGUGAAUGGGACGGUCUUCGCCCCUUUUCUAAAAUAUCUUCCUGAUGAGGAAAUCGUAAAGGAAUUAUCAACUGAGGGUGUAGUAAGUGGUUUCCAAUUCACAAUGAUAACACAGGCCAACAGAAUGGAAAACAAUUUUGGUGCGAAUUCCAGAAGCCAUCAACAUAUCUUGGUAUAAAGUUAAGUGAGGGAAUAUUUCUCGAAUCCCCAAGUCCAUCAUCCAACGUAUUCAACAUUCGAUUUCCAUUAAUCUAACAACUUCUGCAAACAACACUUCACGAUUACAACCGACUUCUAACUCUACAUUAUCCUCGCAUAUUACUCGCUACACACAGGAACUCUUAAACCAAAACCGCUAUUUAUAUUCUCCAACUCGAUUGACUUCUGACUCUGAAAGCGAAAGAUCAGAUAUGAUGAUUAGUAACAUUAGUAACCCUAUCGAUGACCUUUUAUAUUCUUCAAUGGAAUAUCCACGGACUAUAUAACAAUUUGAAUGAAUUAAAACUUUUCCCUUCAAUAGAAUUGCACCUAUCUCAAAUUCAUUUCAUAGUUAUUUCCAUAACCUACCCAGUAACUACUUCAAAGCAAGGCAUAUGAAUCAUGGUAAAAAACAGAACUCGCCACAAAUUGCUAGAUAUUAUAUCCCCGAUAUCAGUCAUUGCCGUCGAAGUUAACUUAGGUUUCAAAUUUACUAUUGUUGCAUCCUACAUUCCUCUGCGGCAACCUUUCAAUCUCAAAAAUCUUCUAGACAUAACUUCUGGUAUUACUACUGAUAUACUCUUGAUCGGCGACUUGAAUGCGUGGAGCCCCCUUUGGGGAUCCACUUCUGAUAACCCAAAGGGGAAAGGAGUAGACGAUUUUAUCCUUCUAAAUAAUUACAUAGUAUUAAACGACUUGGCCCCAACUCAUUUUUCAACCCACCAGACAUUUACGUAUGCAGACGUAAGUAUGUGCUCGGCUAGUUUGGUCCCAAAGCUCUUUUCCCCUUUUUUCCACGGAAGCGACCAUUUCUACCUUCUUACUAAAAUUGUCGCCGCUCCGUCCAAUCCAGGUACCCCCAAACCAAAGUUUAUCACAGAAAAAGCACACAGGGCCCUUUUCCAACGUUCAGUAACAGGAACCUUGACAAACUACAACCAGUCAUCUGCGAUCAGCAAAGAGGCCAAUAGUAUAGCUAAAACUAUUCGCACAGCUGCACAUCUGUCUAUUCCCUAAACACAAAAGAAAUAUUAUAAAAGCAUUGUGCCCUACGAAACAAAAAACAAACCCUUUGGCCCAUUCCCAUCCCAAUCUAUCGGAAUACAAAAAAA